AUGAUAUGCUUCUGCCAGUGUGGAAAGAGAUUUUCUGUAUCAGGGCAAUUGAAAAAGCAUGAGAGAAUACACACAGGAGAGAAGCCCUACCAGUGCUCCCAGUGUGGAAAAAGAUUUUCUGUAUCAGGGCAAUUGAAAUUACAUGAGCGGACACACACAGGAGAGAAGCCCUAUCAAUGCUCCCAGUGUAAAACGAGAUUUUCUCAGUUAGGGAAUUUGAAAUCACAUGAGAGGACACACACAGGAGAGAAGCCUUACCACUGUUGCCAGUGUGGAAAGAGUUUUUCCCUAUCAGGGUCCCUUAAAAAGCAUGAGCAAACACAUUCUGUAGAAAAGCCUUUCCACUGUUCACAUUGUGAAAAGAGUUUUACGAAUUUAGAGUACCUGAAAAUGCAUGAGAAAAGACAUACACGGGAGAAGCCUUUUCACUGCUCCCACUGUGGAAUGAAAUUUACCUGGUUUCAGCAACUGAAGGAGCAUGAAAGAAUCCACACCAGAGAGAAACGUUAUGAAUGCUCCCAGUGUGGAAAGAUAUUUACCCAGUUAGGGCACCUGAAAGACCAUGAGAUAACACACACAGGAAAGAGGCCUUACCACUGCUCCCAGUGUGGAAAGGAAUAUAACACGUCAAAUGGACUAAAAGUUCAUGAGAGAACACACAUACUGCUCCCACACUUGUCUCAUAUUUUUGACUGAGAAAUUGUGCUUUUGUUUAACGGCACAUGAAAUCAAAUUGUAUAAAGCGCAUUCCAAAAGACAUUUGUAUGUUUUUUUUAUUUAAACACCUGAACUGAAUAUGGAGGAUGUCAGUUUGAAAGUAGAGUUUGUCAUUUUGAAUGUAGAUACUGUAGUGUCGAGAUAACGAUGCUAAUUAUGCUGUGAUGACAAGAAAUCCGCUGACACUGUCCUUGAUUAUAAUGGUUUAUUACAUCAAAGA